AUGGCGCGGCAACUGGUUGCUGCGCUGGCCGCUCUGGUGGCCGUGUGCGCCCUGGCGGCGGCCGCUGGCGUCCAGGCCCAGCCGCCGAGGAAGCUGCCCCCCAACUACCACAUGAUCAGCCCGGGCAAGUUCGGGCAGAGGAGCCAGCAGCUGUCGUGCAAGGACACCAACGGCAGGAAGGCGGGGUGCAUGGGCAAGUGCGACAAGCGCUGCCCCAACCAGUGCAUCGUCCUCUGCCCCAGCUGCAAGACCUACUGCAUGUGCGACUUCUACGCCGGCGUGUCUUGCGGUGACCCGCGCUUCACCGGCGGCGACGGCAACAACUUCUACUUCCACGGCAAGAAGGACCAGGACUUCUGCAUCGUCUCCGACGCCGACCUCCACAUCAACGCCCACUUCAUCGGCAAGCGCAACCCCUCCAUGAGCCGCGACUUCACCUGGAUCCAGGCCCUCGGCAUCCGCUUCGCGCACCACCGUCUCUUCAUGGGAGCCCAGAAGACCACCAGCUGGAACGGUGACGUUGAUCACCUCGAGAUGUCCUUCGACGAUGCGGCCAUCGAGAUCCCGAUCGAGGCCGGCGCACGGUGGCAGUCGGCCGCGGUUCCAGGGCUGACCGUCACGAGGACGGCGGCGACCAACGGAGUGAGGGUGCACCUGAGGGGCGUGUUCGACAUCAUGGCCAACGUGGUGCCCAUCACCGAGGUGGACUCGCGCAUCCACAACUACGGCGUCGCUGGGUCAGGAGACAGCCUCGCGCACCUCGACAUUGGGUUCAAGUUCCAUGACCUCACCGACGACGUGCACGGCGUGCUCGGCCAGACCUACCGCUCCGACUACGUGAAUGAGAUGAGCGUGCGCGCCAGCAUGCCCAUCAUGGGUGGUGCGCCAAACUAUGUCUCCUCCGACAUCUUUGCCGCCGACUGCGCCGUUUCCAGGUUCGGCCGCAACACCGGCAUCUCCAUGAUGACCGGCAAGACCGACUGA